GGCCUCUUCCCAUCAUCCCCAGCCAGAUUUAGCUGCUGACAGCUGCUAGAGAUCCUGCCGUCAGGCCCUGGCCCCAACAACCGCCUUUCCUCUCUCUCAGUAAGUCCUGAGUCACAGCCCCUCCAUGGCCCACAAAGAAGAAGCCACUACAGCCGAAGCACCCGCCUCCCAGAAUGGGGAAGACCUGGAGAACCUGGACGACCCCGAGAAGCUGAAGGAGCUGAUUGAGCUGCCACCCUUUGAGAUCGUCACAGGAGAACGGCUGCCUGUCAACUAUUUUAAGUUCCAGUUCCGUAAUGUGGAGUACAGUUCUGGGCGAAACAAGACCUUCCUCUGCUACGUGGUUGAAGCACAAAGCAAGGGAGGCCAAGUGCAGGCAUCACGGGGUUACUUAGAGGAUGAGCAUGCAACUGCCCAUGCCGAGGAAGCCUUCUUCAAUACCAUCCUGCCAGCCUGCGACCCAGCCCUGCGGUACAACGUCACCUGGUACGUGUCCUCCAGCCCCUGUGCAGCUUGCGCUGAUCGCAUUAUCAAAACCCUUAGCAAGACCAAGAACCUGCGGCUGCUCAUUCUGGUGGGGCGGCUCUUCAUGUGGGAGGAGCCCGAGAUCCAGGCCGCCCUGAAGAAGCUGAAGGAGGCUGGCUGCAAACUGCGUAUCAUGAAGCCCCAGGACUUCGAGUAUGUCUGGCAGAAUUUUGUGGAGCAAGAAGAAGGUGAAUCCAAGGCCUUUCAGCCCUGGGAGGACAUUCAGGAGAACUUCCAAUACUACGAGGAGAAGCUGGCGGACAUCCUGAAGUAGGCCACUGGUUCGGCCUCACGUCUGCCUGCUGCCACCAAGAGACAGCAAUGACAUGCAUGGCCAUCUGGGACAUACUUGUCUUCCUAAUACCACUUGGAGCCAGACUACAUUCAACAUCCACCAAUCCGACUGGAUAAGACUCAGAAUACACUUCUCAUGCUGUAAUUCUCUUAGGCUGUGCUUUUUCUAUAACGCUGCUCUUGGGAUAGAGAAAGUGAGCUGCAAGGAGAGAAAUUCCUGCAAAUGUGGGCAGCAGGCAUCACGGGGCUGACGGUCCUAAUCACUCCUUAGAAAGGGCUGCUUAAUGCAAAGAGCCUCAGACCCAAGG